UGAUAAUUGCAAGUAGCUAAAAAGGCCAACCGAAAAACCAAAAGAACCCUCUCUUUUUAAAGGCUCUCUCUUUUCUCCAUUCAAUUUUCUCUUCACAUUUCCUUGUCGUGUUUUGUUGUAUUUGUUGUUCAUCGCACAAUCUCAUCUUCACAGAUUCGUCAUCUUCUCGAUCCCCAACUAACUGCAAUCAUGAGUGACGUCGGAGAAAAGACCUGCCCCCUUUGUGCGGAGGAGAUGGAUUUGACUGAUCAGCAACUGAAGCCUUGCAAAUGUGGUUACGAGAUAUGUGUUUGGUGUUGGCAUCACAUAAUGGAAAUGGCUGAGAAGGAUGAGGCUGAGGGAAGGUGCCCAGCUUGUCGUACUGCUUAUGAUAAAGAAAAAAUUGUACGGACAGCUUCUAACUGUGAGAGGUUGGUUGCUGAAAUUAAUUUUGAGAGAAAAAUGAAGUCACAAAAGGCAAAGACUAAAUCAUCUGAAGGAAGGAAGCAACUGAGCAGUGUGCGAGUCAUUCAAAGGAAUCUUGUUUACGUAGUCGGGUUGCCACUUAAUCUGGCAGAUGAAGAUUUUCUCCAAAGUCGAGAAUAUUUUGGUCAAUAUGGAAAAGUUCUAAAAGCAUCUUUGUCUAGGACAGCAGCUGGUUCCAUUCAGCAAUUUCCAAACAAUACAUGUAGUGUAUAUAUUACUUACUCAAAAGAAGAGGAAGCAAUUCGUUGUAUCCAAUCUGUACAUGUAUUUGUCUUGGAUGGUAGACCAUUAAAGGCAUGCUUUGGUACAACAAAGUACUGCCAUGCAUGGCUGAGAAAUAUGCCUUGCAGCAAUCCUGAUUGUCUAUAUUUGCAUGAGAUUGGUUCUCAAGAGGAUAGUUUCACCAAAGAUGAGAUCAUAUCUGCAUGCUCAAGGGUUCAACAAAUAACUGGUACAACAAACAAUAUGCAACGGCGUGCUGGGAAUAUGUUACCUCCCCCAGUGGAUGAUUAUUGCCCCAAUAGUUCUUCUACAGCAAAAUCCAUUUCUAAAAGUGCUCCAAAUAAUACAAUAUCAAGCUGUCAAAAAGAUUCUCCUUCAAAUGGAAGCCCUGGUAGAUCUAUUGCUCUUCCUGCUGGAGCAUCAUGGGGAACUCGUGCUUUAAACCAGCCACAAUCAGCCUGUUUAUCAUACUCAAAUGGACCUUCUAAGCAGAAAUCUGAUACAAUUAGCUGCGCACCACCAUUUUUAUCUGCAGUAACGAACAUAAAUCGGUCUUGUACAUUACAUGAUGAUGUUGUAAAGAAACCAUCUGAGGAGAUCCAUGCUAUGCAUAUGAAGGGUAAAUCUGAUUUGUUAAAGCCCUUGAGACAUAAUGGUGGUUUAGAUAGUCGAACUACUGCACUAGAGAAGCCUACUUCACCUGAAGGAGUUCCUGCCUCUAAAUCAUUGAGCAGGCGGAUAUCUUGUCCCCCGACGUCCAUAUAUAAUGACCAGGGCACUAAUAUACCAUCAACUGUUACAAGCUCCAUCUUUGGCCACUCUGAGAAGUCUUUUAUUACAUCCAAUGUGAAAGUAGGGAGUAUUUUGUCUACUGAUGAGAAGAUACAGAGCUUAUGCUCUAAUGUUUCAUCAUUGACCUUAGAUAGGAUUACCUCAAGUGGACAUUCCAGUGUUAUUAGACCUAGCAGUUCAGCCUCCGACCAUGGAUCAAGCAGCUCUUCCAGUAGUCAUGGGUUACAACAGUGUUAUACUGAGAACUAUCGGGAACAUUUAAAUUCAGCAACCGCUGGGAGAUCUGUGACAUCCCCCAAUAGUGUGUCUGUUUCAAAAGAGAAGUACGAUUGGGGAACUGAUACACAAACUCGAGCAGUGGUGAAUACAAGUUCUGAAGUUGAAGAGGAUGUAUUGUCUUUUGAUAAUCAAAGAGUCAAGGAUACAGAAGUUAUUAGCCGGCCAAAUUAUAUGCCUAAUUCACCAAUUUCAUUUCAUUUAUCGAAUCAUUCUUGGCCCCAUUCUUUUCAAUACGGUGAUUCUUUUGGCCUUGUUAAUUUGAAUGCUGAUACAGCCUUUGUAGAUAAUAAAGUCAGUGACAGUUUACAAUUUCAUGGAUCCGGUGUUUCGUCUUUAUCUAAUGGGUACCCUGAGAAGUACAUAAGUAGUAGUAUUGGUUCUGGUAUUACAACAGAAGGCUAUGUUCUGCCUUCAAAUCAAGGGGAAGUGAAACAGAUGGGAAGAUUCCUUGGUAAUGAUGAGGACAUUGUUUCCAAAGGUGAAACAGGAAAGAACAGCAUAAUUUCAAACAUGUUGUCGCUAGAUUUUGAUACAUGGGACGAGUCUCUAAGAUCGCCUCAGAACUUGGCUAAAUUGUUGGGUGACACUGACAAGCAGCAGUCUAGUCCUCUCAAAUUUUCUAGUCCAGGGAAGGCUUUGAAUAACAAUCAGUCCAGAUUCUCAUUUGCAAGACAUGAAGAUUCUAAAUAUCAUCCUUUUGAUAUUGAGUCCUCAUGUGGUGUUUUUGGUCAAAUGCCACAGAACCAGCUUUCAAGCCAAGAUUUUGCUGAAAGCAGGGAUCUCUAUCUGAAUAAGUUUGGAAGUUCUAAUGGGUUACCUCCAGGUAACUUUGAUGCAUACAACAAUUUUUCAGGCAGCCCUUCAGUUUUCUCUUCUAAUAAGCUCUCUGUUUCAAGAGCUCGAGUGUCAGCACCACCUGGAUUCUCUGUUCCCAGCAGGGCUCCCCCUCCCGGCUUUUCCUCUAAUGGGAGAGUAGACCACAGUUUUGACACAUCAGGAUACUUGGACACUUUGUCCCUGUUAAGAAACUCUUAUCAGGCUCCAGCAAGUAGUGGUAUUGGUGGUGUUGGAGAUAUAGAAGUUAUGGAUCCAGCAAUAUUGGCAGUUGGUAAGGGUAGACUUCAGGGAGGGCUCAACAAUUCAGGCUUAGAUAUGCAAUCAAAUUUUCCUCCACAGUUGGGUCUCUACGAAAAUGACGCCAGAGUUCAACUAUUGAGGCAGAGAUCUCUUUCUCCUCAUCAGAACCUAAGAUAUGAUGUUGGGGAUAGAUUUUCUUCUCGUAAUGGCUCUUACGGAGUUUCUUCUAGGGUAAUGGAUCAAUCACAAGUGAACAACAUAUCCCCAUAUGCACGGUUGUAUCUCCAACAGUCGAGGAAUUCACAUAUGUCAAACGGUCCUUGGGAUGGUUGGAAUGAAGUCCAGGGUGGAGACAAUGUUGGCAUGGCUGAGUCGCUCAGAAACGAGAGAUUGGGAUUUAACAAGUUCUAUUCUGGUUUUGAAGAUUCAAGGUACAAGAUGGGUGAUCUAUAUAACAGAACAUUCUGGAUGUGAUUGUUUUUGAAAUCAACUCUUUGCUUAAUUGACAAUGCUAAGCGAGAGAAUGAGUUUGGGGAUCUUGGCCUCAUGUUGGUGAUGGGCAACGGUAAGCUGAGAGAAUGACUUUGGCAGCCUCAUGAAGUAUCAAACUCCCAACAACUCAGGCCAAAAAUGACCGCGCCUGCAAACAAGCAGGUAACAUUGAACUAUUUCAAGUUAAUUAUUACUGGUUGUAGGUAUUUUCACAAGCAUAUUUUGCAUGCUUCAAAAGUUCAUAUCUUGUGUUAUUCGGCAGAUAAAAUGCACAGGUGAAACCAGCUCUUCUGCCAUGGUUAUUUCUGAUAUAAUUUGGUUGCACCGCAUGAGUGCUAGCCGUAUACAGUCUUCUCAUCAAACCGGCAGGAUGGUCCUCUCCUGUUGCAGAUAGUUAUGUUGUUAAUCACCCAAUGCCCACCCCUGAAGUAAGAUCCUGCUCUUGGAACUAAAUAGAUCUCAACUGUAAUCCAAAUUUACGUUUCUUGUUCAGAUAUCAAUGGUGUGUAAACUGUAAAAGAGUUAUAUUUUGUUUCAGAUAUGGAUUUACAGUGGUCUGUCAGCUGCUCCCCCCCCCAAAAGAAAUGAAUACAGGAGUCAGAUUCAUUUCUC